AUGAAGAAAGGGAUAAAGUGGAAGUUUGCAGCUUCUUCCUUCCAGCUCACACCUCUGUUUCCUCUUCCUCUCUAUUUAUCUAUCGUGUGGUUGAGAACCGAACAGAACACGAAGGCAAAGCUCUUCUUCCCACUCUGCCUUCUCUCUGCCGCCAAAUCUACAAUGGCAGCGGUUGCUCCGGUGAAGGUCUACGGCCCGCCGCUGUCGACGGCGGUGUCGAGGGUGCUGGCUUGCCUGAUAGAGAAGGACGUGGCGUUCCAGCUCGUCCCCGUCAGUAUGGCCAAAGGGGAGCACAAGAAGCCCGAUUUCCUCAAGCUCCAGCCUUUCGGCCAAGUCCCUGCCUUUCAAGACGACUCCAUUUCCCUCUUCGAGUCGAGAGCAAUCUGCCGGUACAUAUGUGAGAAGUACCCCGACAAGGGCAACACGGCGCUCUACCCUGCAAACCCACUAGCCAAGGCCUCGGUCGACCAGUGGCUGGAGGCGGAGUCACAGAGCUUCAACCCGCCAAGCGGGGCGCUCGUGUUCCAGCUGGCGUUCGCCCCGCGAAUGAAGAUCCCUCAGGACCCAAAAGCCAUCAAGCUGAACCAGGAUAAGCUGAAGAAAGUGCUGGAUGUGUACGAGAAGAGGCUGUCGGAGAGCAAGUUCCUGGCUGGGGACGAGUUCUCGUUGGCCGAUCUCUCUCAUCUGCCGAAUGCGGAUUACUUGGUGGAUGUGGCCGGGAAAGGAGAGGUGUUUGGCUCGAGGGAGAAUGUCGGGAGGUGGUGGGAGGAGAUCUCCGGUAGGGAGGCUUGGAACAAGGUCAAGGAGUUGAGGAAGAGUGCUUGAGCUUGACUCUUGUUUUCCCCUUUCGUUAAAGAAAUAAUGAGUGCCCUUUCUUGAUUGUGAUAAUCCUUCAAAUGAAAAGUUAUGAAUUGAUAGAUGAACCACGAUUUAAUCUUUUGUAAUCUUCCAUGUAUUUUGUUCAUUGUAAUGAGAGUGGCAUAUAAAUUCAAUAUUUGAUAAAAGGAAUUAGUACCUGACGGAAAAAGGUUGGAGUUUUAGGAAAUGAAGACUCUCAACCUAAACGAAAAGAGAAAGUAGUAUCUCGUCUUUAUACACUUCAAGAAGAACUAUAGCAGGAUUCAAUUAAACAAUCGCC